AUGAGUAACAUCACCAACAAAGUGAUUUCCCAGACGCUGUCCCCCGUGGACGUACCGCCAAAGACGUUCACCAGUUCAGACACUACGAAGAGUCGAUUGGCUGCCCAGCGCCUGAGAAUUGCAACCAAGAGAGCCGCAGCGGACCUGGAAGACAGCACGUCGGCGAACCCCGAGAAACGUAUCCGCCUUGAUGCUAGCGAGGGCGGGGAGUCUUCAGAGUCUAAUCUUGCACAACGUACUACGGACAGGAAUGACGGCGACAAACCCAAUGAUUCCUCGAAACCCAUCAUCGGGUCUAGAACGGAUGCCAGUGAAGAGGCAUCUUUCACACAGCAUCAAGUCAUCCAACCCAUAUCCAAUCGUUCACCGGCAGCGGGCAGGCCCUUGGUGUGGGCAAACGGACGUGGAAGUCUGUGCGAAGCACUGCCCUACUUUAGAGCGUUCAAAGGCAGUCUUCAUUCGGCAGAUCUGGUCUGCCAGGGGUUUCUGAUAGACCAAGAAGCCGACCAGCGGGAUGUCUUUGGUUCCCAAGUCAUCAUUUCCUCUGUGGGCGGCGGUCGUACCAAAGACCCAGGCACAGGCAGCAUGAUACGGUCUAAGGAUGCCUCCGAUACUGCGAGCAACAUCAAGGCAAUCAUGAAUGCCUACCACAAUAAGUCUCUUGUAGCAGAGAAGCAGAUUCCGAUUGGGGGGAGUAAGGACGUCACGGUUUGGCGCAUGCGCUUUGAGAAAGCCGAUCUAACCGAGCCUUCCUGGUGGGUUCCCAAAGGCGAAGAUGCCACAAUGCCCGCCGCCUCUCUCAACACCGACGUGAAGGCACCAGUCGCAAUCUGCAAGCAGUGCAACACUCCAAGUAAGGAGAUUUUUACCGCUGGCUGGUUCUGCCUCAACCACAAGUGCGAGAACUACUUCGUGCUUCCAACAGGCAUGGCUGUUGAUGCAGCAAGCCUCGCAUACAGUGACACGUUCCUCAAUGAGCGGAGUCCUUUUAUGGGCGCUAUUCCCUCCGUGAAGCCCGCGGUCCACGACUUUGAAGGUUUUCACGGCACAGAACUUGCUCUACGCCGGGGGUUUGUGUGUCCAGAUUGCGGUUGCUGCAAUCGCCGUGUCUACUGGAACCGCUGGGUGUGCGAGAAUAAGGAGUGCCAGUACGCCCGCGAUGCACUCAUGCUUCCGUAUCCAGAGGCCCUGUUGAGGAAAGAGAACAAAGAGUUCGAUGGCCGCAUGCAGAGACGGAGUAUCAGAUACGGCGUUAACGAAAACACGCUUCACCAGGAGGACUAUCUACAUGACCCAUUUGCGACCAUCUACCAACGCGGCUAUCUGCAGUUCUCCCAAACACUUACGCUUGGAGGCAUCUUUUCGGCUAGCAAAGAGAUCACCAGCAAGCCCAAUGGCCCAGAUGACCUCUUUAGGACACUUGAGCUCACCGACAUUGGUCUUCGCCGGAACCCAGCUGCCGUGGUCGGCCAUAAGCUUGAGGGAUACACCCGGCAUUUCCAGCAGAACUUUGGGGCAAGGUACAAGUUUGGCGUAACCGUUCAGUCGAAGGGCUUCUCUGAGGCACCCGAUAUAAUCCUUCGCGCUCUUCAACGCCUCAUCUGGGCAAAGCAGGUCGCAGUAGAGCAUUCCAAUGCCUUCAUCAAAGCCCUGGAUCCGAAACACGUUGGGAAGCACGCUGUCGUCUCUAACAGCGGGGAUUUCAACGAACUGCUGGCCCUGGGAUAUAUGGAGCAAGAUAAGAUCAAUUACCAUGACGACGGCGAACGCGAGCUUGGUCCCGUCGUUGCAGCUCUUUCGCUGGGCUCCCCUUCGACUAUGCGAUUCCGGCCCAAGCGCAACACCCAGUUCUUCCUUCCUACGCAACAAGUACAAGGAAAGACUUGCUACAAGGAGGUACUAGAGGUCACCAUGAAACAUGGUGACAUGAUGGUCAUGAUCGGGACGGAGAUCCAGAAGGUCUAUGAGCACACCGUCGAGCCAUACGGAAAGCGCCGCUUCUCACUGACCGCCCGAUAUAUCGAUCCGGAGAAGAUGGAGUCGCAGGAAGACCGGGACGAUGCCGCAGUAAAAGGCGCUAUCCCCAAACACGCCCAGGCCUUUUCCUAUGAUGGCUUCUGA